CGUCGCGGGGAGACGCGGACGUCGCUCUUCCAAGAUGGCGGCGCGUCCGUCGCGAGCCGCCGGGCCGUGGGGAAGCCAGCGAAGCCGAGUAGAGCCGCCGCCCGGGAAAGGAUUGAAGGAACAGUUGCCGCCGUUGGCAGCGGCCCGGGCAGUUUUCGCUGCUGCUACGGCUGUUGCCAUGCGGCGAGGCUAGGGAGGACCUCGCUUCCCCGGGGUGUAAUAAUGUUCACGGAGGCCAGUCUAUCCAUAUGGGGAUGGGGAAGCCUUGGCAUUGUCCUUUUUCUGAUAACCUUUGGACCCUUCGUAAUAUUUUAUUUGGCAUUUUAUAUCCUCUGCUUUGUGGGUGGGGGCUUAGUGGUUACUCUUCUGUUUGGGAAAACAAAUUCAGAAAAAUACCUAGAGCAGUGUGAACACUCAUUUCUUCCUCCUACAUCAACUGGGGUUCCUAAGUGCUUAGAAGAAAUGAAACGGGAAGCUAGGACUAUUAAGAUUGAUAGAAGAUUAACGGGUGCCAAUAUAAUUGAUGAACCUCUCCAGCAAGUUAUCCAGUUUUCCUUGAGGGAUUAUGUCCAGUAUUGGUAUUAUACACUAAGUGAUGAUGAAUCUUUUCUUCUUGAAAUUAGACAGACUCUUCAAAAUGCCCUUAUUCAGUUUGCUACUAGGUCAAAGGAAAUAGACUGGCAACCUUAUUUUACAACACGCAUUGUAGAUGAUUUUGGCACACACCUGCGAGUGUUCAGAAAGGCUCAACAGAAAGUAACAGAGAAAGAUGAUCAAGUAAAAGGUACAGCUGAAGACCUUGUAGAUACCUUCUUUGAAGUUGAAGUUGAAAUGGAGAAGGAAGUUUGCCGUGACCUAGUGUGCACUUCUCCCAAAGAUGAAGAAGCGUUCCUAAGGGAUUUGUGUGAGGUCUUAUUAUAUUUAUUGCUACCUCCUGGAGAUUUCCAGAACAAGAUCAUGCGCUAUUUUGUCAGGGAAAUCCUUGCACGAGGAAUUCUUCUUCCAUUAAUAAAUCAACUCAGUGAUCCUGAUUAUAUUAAUCAGUAUGUUAUAUGGAUGAUCCGAGAUUCGAAUUGCAACUAUGAGGCCUUUAUGAACAUUAUUAAAUUGAGUGACAAUAUUGGAGAGCUGGAAGCAGUCAGAGAUAAGGCAGCAGAAGAAUUACAGUAUCUUAGAUCUUUAGAUACAGCUGGUGAUGAUAUCAACACGAUCAAAAAUCAAAUAAAUAGUUUAUUAUUUGUAAAGAAGGUAUGUGAUUCAAGAAUACAGAGAUUGCAGUCAGGAAAAGAAAUCAAUACUGUGAAACUGGCAGCAAACUUUGGAAAACUUUGCACAGUCCCCUUGGAUAGCAUUCUUGUAGACAAUGUUGCACUACAAUUUUUUAUGGAUUAUAUGCAGCAGACUGGAGGUCAGGCACAUCUUUUCUUCUGGAUGACAGUGGAAGGAUACCGAGUUACAGCCCAGCAGCAGCUAGAGGUUUUGUCAAGUCGUCAGAGAGAUGGAAAACAUCAAACCAAUCAAACCAAAGGUCUCUUAAGAGCAGCCGCAGUUGGAAUUUAUGAACAAUACUUAUCUGAAAAGGCAUCUCCAAGAGUUACUGUUGAUGACUAUUUAGUAGCAAAAUUAGCAGACACUUUGAAUCAUGAAGAUCCAACUCCUGAAAUCUUUGAUGACAUUCAAAGGAAGGUAUAUGAAUUGAUGCUGCGAGAUGAAAGAUUUUAUCCUUCCUUCAGACAGAAUGCACUCUAUGUUCGCAUGUUAGCUGAGCUGGACAUGUUAAAAGAUCCCAGCUUCCGAGGAUCAGAUGAUGGAGAUGGAGAAUCUUUUAAUGGCUCUCCUACCGGAAGCAUAAAUUUGUCUUUAGAUGACCUUUCAAAUGUAUCUUCUGAUGACUCAGUACAACUUCAUGCUUACAUUUCAGACACUGUAUGUGCUGACUAUGACCCAUAUGCUGUGGCAGGCGUUUGUAAUGAUCAUGGCAAGACGUAUGCCUUGUAUGCUAUCACCGUACACCGGCGCACUUUGAACACUGAGGAGAUGUGGAAAACUUACCGGCGAUACAGCGACUUCCAUGAUUUCCACAUGAGAAUCACCGAACAGUUUGAAAAUCUGUCAAGUAUAUUGAAGCUUCCUGGUAAAAGGACUUUCAAUAAUAUGGAUAGAGAUUUUUUGGAAAAAAGGAAAAAGGAUCUAAAUGCAUAUUUACAGUUGCUAUUAACACCUGAAAUGAUGAAAGCAUCCCCAGCUCUGGCUCACUAUGUAUACGAUUUUCUUGAGAACAAAGCCUACAGUAAAGGAAAAGGGGACUUUGCUCGAAAGAUGGACACUUUUGUAAAUCCUCUUCGAAAUUCUAUGAGGAAUGUUUCAAAUGCAGUUAAAUCCCUUCCUGACAGCUUGGCAGAAGGAAUGACUAAAAUGUCAGACAACAUGGGAAAAAUGUCGGAAAGAUUAGGUCAAGACAUAAAGCAAUCAUUCUUCAAGGUGCCUCCUUUAAUUACAAAGACUGAUUCAGAUCCUGAACAUUGUCGAGUCUCAGCUCAACUUGAUGAUAAUGUGGACGACAAUAUUCCACUUAGGGUCAUGCUGCUUCUAAUGGAUGAAGUAUUUGACUUAAAAGAGAGAAAUCAGUGGUUGCGAAGAAAUAUCAAAAACCUACUCCAGCAGCUUAUUAGAGCCACCUAUGGUGACACGAUUAAUAGAAAAAUAGUUGACCAUGUCGAUUGGAUGACUUCACCAGAACAAGUAGCCGAUUCAGUGAAACGUUUCAGAGAUGCAUUUUGGCCAAAUGGCAUUUUAGCAGAGACUGUUCCAUGCAGAGAUAAAGCUAUUCGAAUGAGAACAAGAAUUGCAGGAAAAACUAAAUUACUUGCCAUCAUGCCAGAUGAACUGAAGCACAUUAUUGGAGCUGAGACAACACGGAAAGGUAUUCUUCGUGUUUUUGAAAUGUUUCAGCACAACCAAUUAAAUAGGAGAAUGGUGUAUGUCUUCUUGGAAGGCUUUUUAGAAACCUUAUUUCCACAGUAUAAAUUUCGUGAACUUUUCAACAAACUGCAUUCACGAUCAAAGCAGAUGCAAAAAUACAAACAGAAACUUCAACCUACUCAAGCGCCUUCUUUACAGAAAAGGUGACACUCCAAUCUAUGAAGUUGGUGUUCAUUGUGUCAAGGAUUUAUGGUAUGGACAGUCGAUCUUCUGGGGGCCUAACUCAUACUGUUGUGUUUGCACCAGUCUUUUAGUGUCUCCGAAUAGAUUAUUAAUACAUCCAUAAGCCUCUUGUUCAUCUCCUUUUCAUCUAUAAUUCAGCCACCACCAAGAGAAGUUUCUGUCUUAAAUGAUUUGGUGCAGAAUUUGCAACAUUGAGAGGAUAUUGCCCCCAUCUCAUGCAAGAAUGGAGUUGGUCUCUUCUGUUUGAAAUUAAUCAGCAUUCUCAAGCAGUGACAAAGUGCCAGAAUGUAUAUAUGAGAGCCAAGGAAAGCACAAAAUCAUGGUCCAGAUUGACUAAUUUGUUUAAUAGUUGGAGACUGUGCAGUGUACAUUUUGGAAAGAUGUUUUUCCUAAUGAGUUUUUAGGUAUACAUCAGCAUUUUGAUAUUGUGUGGAUUAGCCAGGUGAAUGGGACAACGGUUUCAGGUCUGGAAAAAGUGAAAGAAUGCCAGUAAAGUAAGAAAUAUUACAGUUUUGUGACAUAACACUAUAAUAUAAAACCAACCAAAAUCAGAAUUUGGUUAGAUUUAUUAUUCAUUGACAUAAAGCAAAUUUUUGAUUGAUUCUUAUGUGCUGUAAGGGCUCUGUUUUGUUCUUAUGGUUAUUGUUUUAUUUUAGCAUUCUGUUUGCAAAAGGAAGCAAAUGGUAACCCUCAUUUAUGGUUCAAAAUUAUUAGUUUUGUCUUUUAACAGAUAACUGAUUAUACAGAAGCAGAAUUUAUUGGAAGAACUGCCAAGUGCAUUCUGCCCUAAAAGAAAUAGAAAUUGAAGGAAAACAUAUCUCAACUGAAAGUUACCAUAUGAUAUUUUUAAGUUAUAUGAUCUAGACAUGCCUUAGGUAACUACAAAAAUAGCAAAUCAGAGGAUUAAUGAGCUUGUUAGUCAUAUGUAAACAUACAGAUUCCUAAUUCUAUUAUGUGUACAUAUAUAAAAUCAAUAAUGAAAACAGAACUGUACUAUUUUUAAAAUAUGCUUUUAUUUAUAUUUCACAUAAUGUAAAUUCUAAAUAAAGCUAGUAUGUAAAACCCCUUGGUGUAUACAUUUAAGUCCCUGAGAUAAUUUUCUACCAACAAUGAACAAGAUACCUUUUCCAGUUUUAAAGCCUCUCCAUUUCCUAGUUUUCCCUUUAUUUUGUUCAUCUUGAAAGUCUUCAUAUCUCUUGUAUGCAGGGCUUCUAGAGAGUUUAAAAUAUUUCCAUUUACUAAGAGUUUGGAUGUAUCAGCGUUUUUGUUCUAAACUAUUUAACACUAAAACCUUAAAAUAGUGAAGCUAUUUAUCAGACCACUGAGCCAGUAUCCUGGUGUUAAAAGAGCGUUGGGUGCUUAAGAUAAAGGGACAGAGAAUUGGUAUCCCAGUUAUUUGGGAGCUUUUAAGAGUAGAACAAGAUAAUAGUGUCUUGUUUUCACGUAGAUGUUAUUUACAAAGUGAAGCCUGUUAACAGAUAAAGCCUUCCUUUAAACUUUAUAAUAAUUAUAUUUAUUAAUAAUGCUGUGUGCAUACUUACAGUAUGCAGAUAUUCAGCAUGUGUUGCAUGUUGAGAAUUACAUAAGUAAAAUUCCUUUCAUUGCAACUUGCAAGUGAGUAAAGGUUCUAGAGGCUCUGGUGGAAGAAAAAUGUGUCUUCUGCCCCAGUGUUAUCCCCUGCCUCAGCUCCUCUCUGUGCUUUAAAAGUGGGAUAUGUGUAACAUGUCUAUAUGAAGCAUCAACAUGGCCGUAAGUGCAAUGAUUGUCAGAUAUACCCCUGCCCAUUUCAAAUAUAUUUUUGACAUGAAUAAAUCUAAGAGUAUGUAUAAAAAAGAAUUCAUGCAAGAGCCUAGAGUGUACAUGUGAAAAAGCAUUUCUGUAUAAUGUGAAAAAAAAACAAAAACAAAAAAAAUGGCUGUCAACCAGGGAAAGAAAAGUCAUGAAAGGCUGCAAAUUUUCCUCGAGCCCUGCAAGAUAACUGCACUCAUACCAAAAACUGUUUGAGUAAAUGGGUUUUUAAAGUAAUUUUUGUUUAAAAGAGUUUAUAUUUCAAAAGCAGAAGUGUCAAAAUGGUAGUCUAUAUUAUCAGUGGUGCACCUUCUCUAUGCACAUCUGUGUUUUACAUCAGAGAGAGCCGUGGUCGUGCUCAAAUAGAGUUACUUUUUGAAUGACUUGGUUAAACUCUGUAAAAUAUUUAACCCAUUAGUCAAGUACAGUGUACUAUGGUUAAUAUGCAUUUGUUGCAUAUGUAGAUACAUUCAUGAAGAGGCUUUAUGUCUUCUGAUAGUUGAUUUUUGAAUGUGAUUUCAGUCAGUGGUGCCUUUAGGCAAAAACCAUCAAAAUUAAUCAUUUUUUUCUUUGGUUUUUUUUUUUUUUUUCAGGUAACGUACAUACUACUAGAAACCAUAGUUUGUUCACCUAAGAAUUGAUUGUAUAAUUUAAAUAUAGCACUUAGAUGAACAUUUCCUAUCAUUAGGGUGUUCCAAAUAGUUGCUGAAAACAAUUGUGCCAUUGACCAAUGGAUGCACUCGGUUAGCCUUAAUUUUUUUAAAGAAACAAAAAUAAAAACAUUUAAGACUUUGUUAAAUAUUUCAGUUUGCUCAUUAUAAGUAAGUUUGUGCUGCUGGUGUUGGGGCAAAAAUAAAACAGAAAAACAGUUAAGUGCUACCAGGAGUGUACCAAUUUUUCUAAAAUAAGAACAAAUAAAAAUUUCACAAUCUAAAAUUUUAAUUUUGUGCAAUAUUUUCUUUUAAUGCAUGUGUAUUUCAGUAAUUGUAAAAUAAAUGAAUUUUUAAUGUUUUAGAGAUGUAGUUUAAAACUGUCUUCUUAACCCAACAACUUACAUUCCGUUGUUUCUGUGUCCUCUUAUUUAAGGACUUGUUUUAAAAGUCUUCUGCCCACUCCUUGUAAAGUUCUUUUAUUAGUAGUAAGUUUUGCUUAUGGGAGUAUGGCUCCUGUAUUACAAGGGAAAAUUGAUAAUGAGCACAUUUUAGGAUUAUAAUUGUUAAAAAGAUACCUUGUGCAUAUCAUUGUACAGUAAGUGUCAACUGUGUGCCUAACUGUUCUAUCAAUGCUUUCCUUCUUUAACAAAGAAGAUACAAUCACAAUGUCAUUUAUUUUUAUUAACUACAAAGAAGGUUAAAAUUUUUUAUUUGGUUUGCGUUAUGUUCUGUCCAAUAGAAAAUACUAAUAAAGUAUUAACAAACA